UAAUAAAAAUAAUAAGAGAUAGAUAAUAAUAUCAUCUUAGAGUUUCCUCUACACAACGGCCGUUUCUUGGCUGUCAGCCUUAGCCGUUUCUUAACCCAUUCAACCAAUCAAAAACCCAGUGGCGUCCUCCCUUCAAUGUUUACAUCUUCCAUUUGAUCAGGCCACGAACAAGUGAAUUCACUCCAAUCAAUUUGUAAGUUAUUACUCAAUUAUAAAACCUUCAAUCCCUCCCAGCAUCCCUUCCAUCAUAUACAUUCCCAUCUCAUAUAGGGAUACAGCCAUCCUCGGUACAAAGCAACGAACUCCAGUUACACAUCCACACGCAUUCACAACAGAGUAUAUAUCCCUAGUUGAGGAAACAUUAAUACGGGAAAACUAAUUAAACACAACAUUCACAAACGCUGCGUCCACAAACAUUGCAUUCACAGAUAUUAAAUAGCUUUGUCAUAUCGCAUUCACAAUGUCAAGUAAUCGCUAUCACGACGAAACACCCAAUUCUUCUGGUCAUUCUACACCCGCCCUCUCAAGUUCCGCUACCUGGACUGUGCCAUCUACGGUUUCCCAUGCAGUUACAGGAUUACUGAGACGUUUCUCAACUGAACCUUCAAAUCAUGCUGGAAAUGGAAAUCUUAACAACAUUCAUAAUCAGCAAUCAAAAUUCCGUUCCUCGAAUUUCUCUCCCGCCUCGGCACAAAAUGGUAUUCAAGGAGUCUAUACCCCUCCUCAUCGCACAGCUUCACCUUUUCAACCCCCGCCUCUGUAUCCGGUGACUUUACGUGGUUGGAGAGAAAAUACAGAUCCUUCGGCGCAAUUAUUGAGCAGGGCGCUCGCGGAAGAAAUUAGAUUGUUGGUUCCUCCGAGGUUGCAGUUGUGUGAGGAAUGGAAUUUGGUUUAUAGUUUGGAACAGGAUGGGGUUAGUUUGGGGACAUUAUACAAGAAAUGUGACGAGUUGAGGGGAUUGAGGAAUGGGUUUGUGUUGGUCGUUAGGGAUGGGGAGGGUGGGGUAUGUAGUUAUUUCUUUCUUGCUCGUGUGUUUGGGAAUGGAUGGUGAUUGUUUUUGAGAUCGAAGCUAAUGUGGAAGCUAUAUAGUUAUUCGGCGCAUACUUAACAGAAGCUCCUCAUCCCGCUCCCCACUACUUCGGCACAGGAGAAUGUUUCCUCUGGCGCGCUACCCUCAUUUCCUCCUCCCUCCUAGCAAAUCUGCCUCCUCCCCCUUCAUCCGACACAACACAUUCCCAACGCUCCACCACCAUCGGCGUCCCUCACCCCUCCUCACUCCUUUUCCCCACGACCUCGCAAGGCCCACCCAAAUCCCCCGCCUUCUCUUCAAAAUCGGGCACCAGCACCCCCGAACGUAUCCGCUUCAAAGCAUUCCCUUACUCAGGUAUAAAUGACUACCUGAUGUUAUGCGAAACGGGAUUUUUAUCAAUAGGUGGUGGUGAUGGACAUUAUGGACUUUGGUUGGAUGAUACGUUUGAAAAGGGGAUCAGUAGUAGUUGUCCUACUUUUGGGAAUGAACCAUUGAGUGAAGAGGGGGAAAAAUUUGAUAUUCUCGGGGUGGAAGUUUGGAGUAUUGGGAAUUAGUGGGGUUAGUGGGAGGGGAGGGAUAAGAUGUGAGAUGGAUUGGAAAGGGAGGAGAGGGGAGUAAUUGGAGUGGAUGAGAAUGAGAAAGGAGGAGGACGUGGGUGAGGAAAUGAAAACGAGAAUGUGAGGAGAAUUGGGGGAGAGGGUCACAGGAUGACGCCCGUUUGAUAUAUGCAUUAUAUGAUACCCUUAUUGUGAAAUUUGUAGGCUGCUACGAGCAUUUUAUUUUACUUCAACUAGGUACCUAAGUACUUC